CCUCAGCGGGACGUGCCCCCAAAAUAAACAACGUCAGAAAUCCCCUUGUCCCUGGGAAGGGGCUUCUCAGAACAUGUCCGAUCUUCUUGGGAAGGGGUGGCAUGCAGAGGAUAAAUUAUGGUGCGGUGAGAGCCAAAGCCACAGACACCGGGGAGGGCAGCAGGAAGCAGGACGGAGGAAGAGCCCUCACACAGCCACCAUGCUCGCUGCAAGGACGGUCCUGCUGCUAGCCGUGCUCCUCACCUCCUCCCUGCACCGUGCCGCAGCCCACUUCACCCCCACCGAAUGCUGCUUCAAGUACGCGCAGAAACCCAUCCGCCACGUGCAGAGUUUCUACGAGACGCCCCGCGACUGCUCCUUGCCCGCCGUCGUGAUUGUGGCCGCCCGCGGUGACGAGGUCUGCGCCGACCCCAAGAAGCCUUGGGUGAAGAGAGCCAUGAAAAAGCUUCAAAGGAAAAAAUGAAAUCCUCCUUCUGCUGUACACCAGCCAUCCAACUCGUCCAUCCGGUCCCCCCCGUCUCUGGAGGGUGCAGGCGGCGCUCGCGGCUCUUCUCCACGGGGUGCCGUAGCGAUGGCACCGUCACUACAGUUGGAGCCAGCCCGAGCCCCAGUGGGACCGGGUGUCGCGGCGGCAUGGACCAGCCGGCCACAAAGUCCCUCCUGUUGUCACCAUCCUGCCAGAAUGUGCCCAGUGGAGCAAAUAUUUAUAAUAAAGACUCAU